AAAUUACUUAACGACAAUGAUCGCGAAUGUAUCGAAGAAUGGAUGUACUUAAAACAAGAAUGUGAAUCAUUCAGUUCGGCCGGAUUAAUAUCGAAUGGUGGCCGCCUAUUGAAACCAAUCCAAGAAACCGAUGAGAAUAGUGAAAAUGAUGAACGCAGCAAUGGUGAAAUUUUGGAACAAGAAAAAACCGAUCAUUCCGGUCAAAAUGCCACAUUUUCAGACAAUGAAAGCGAUGCUGACGAGAAUUUGGAGCAUGUUGAGGCGAAAAUUCCCGAUCUAAUGAUUAAUUUUUCACGCCAUGUGAAUAAAAUGAUUGAAGAUUAUUAUAAAAACUAUGUAGAUACAUAUCCGAAAGCUGUGCUAAACAGUUACGACGACAAGCCAAAAGAAUUGGCUAUUGUGGCCGCCGGUGUUGCAACGAAUCGACGUCGAUCGGUUCAAGUUGGUGAUAGCAAUAGUGGAUUGAGCAGUUCUGAACUGGAUCAUUUAAAUCGGAUUGCUGAAGAGACAACAAAAGAACGCUUAGAAGAGAGUAUUCGAAACAGUCAACAAAUGUGUUUAAAUACGACGGUUGGUCGUGAGGCAACUGCAUUUUUGGAAAAUUCCGAUCAUUUGCAUCCGUUGAGAAUGGCCACUCGUCAUCAAUCAGAAGUGUUGUUUUUGAACCAUAUCCGUCGCUUUCGAACCGAUAUCGAAGCGAAAGAAUCGAAAAUUACCGAACUAAAGCAAAAUAUUAAAAUAAAAAAAGAGCUUAUGAAAAUAAAUAGUGGCAGAGAUAAAGCAAAACGAGUACUUAAUCGUAAGGUUGCAUCAUUGGAAACGAAAAAGGAACGAUGCAUAAAAGCAAUGGAACGCUGUGAGAAAAAGGAAAUUGACAAAUGGAAAAUGGAAUUAUCCAAAAUUGAAACACAACUAACGGAAAUAUCUCGUUUGAGAGCGAUUAGUCAACACAGUGACAACACAAUCAAGGGCUUUCAACAAGAUAUUGAAAUAAGUGAUAAACAAUUGAAAAUGUUGGAGAAAGCAUUGGAAGCAGAUAAGAAGUCGCUGCGUGAAGCUGAAACAAAAUGGAAAAGCGAAAAGGCAAAGAAUGCCAAAACUGCAAAAGAAGAGAAACGUAUGAGUGUUGACACCCGUAUCACGCAAUUCGAUAGUGUGCUGAAAGAAAAGAGCGAAUAUUUGCAGAAAAAUAACGACGAAAGUGAAAUGGUGCAAUCAAUUCGGCAUGAAAUUCGAAAUUUACGAAGUCAACGUGAUCGUUUAACUGAUGCACAGUGUCUGCUAAAUCAAAAAUUGAAAAAGGAACGACUAACCGAAUGGGAAACUCGAAAAAUACUCGAAUAUGAUGUUGCCAAGGAGGUGAUCGAUCACGCAAUGGAAAUGAAGAAUCAAUUGAUAUGCGGCCGUGAUAUGUUGAAUCGGAAAAGUGUCGGAAAUCCAGAUCUCAUGAGUCAAUUAAAUAAGUUAAAUGAAAAAGAGAUGCGUGUACUGCUGUACAAAUGUUUUCAAAAAAUUGUCGAUUUACGCGACAGCAGUCGUCAGUUGGAGAUUCAAUUGUUGCAAUUAGAACAGGAACGAAAUGAAUGGAAACUACGUGAACGUGUAUUGUGCGAUGAAUUCCAGCAGUCCCGUUUGGUAGGAGAACGUAAUACGCUCGAUUUACAAAGACACUAUGAAAGAACGCUAACAAUGCUAUUGCAGAGAGCUGGCGAAGACUGUGCAGAAUCGCCAAAUAUACCAAGUGAUUCAUUUAUGCUGCCAUCACCAUAUUCACCGUUUACACAUUCCAAUAAUCGUCAUCAUGCCAUUCGAAAUGAAAUCGGCUUUGGCAUUCAUGAUUAUAAAAGUGCAAAUCAACAUCAACAACAUGCAUAUCGUUUUGCAAAUACAGCUGUAGCCACAACAUCCAAACGAGAAAUUGCCGAAAGAGAAAUUGCUGACGCGCUCAAUAAUCCAAAGCAAAAGGCUACCGGCUCACUAUUCUUUAGACGCUUCGCUUCAAGCAAUGGAUUUAAACGUAAUAUACCACAACUAUUGAUGGCCAAUGGUACACCACAAAAUACAACGACCGAAAGCAAAGUCAGUCUGGUUAAAAGAAAAAAUUCAUCUAGGAAAAUUAUCAUCCAACAAAAUAAACCUUAAUUUCAUUUGAGUACAUAUAUAUACAUAUGUAUAGAUGUGUUAGAUGCAGCAAUUCUAUUUGCAUUUAUCGGAUAUUUUUAACAAACAAAUUUAUUUCUUCUUUUUA